AUGAGGAUCAAUCAAAAUUUCAAUAUGGCGGACGAAAAUAUUUCAAAUCUACUGGUGGUUAUUCUUGACGCCAAUCCAGUGUGGUGGGGAAGAGCUGGUAACGAAGAUCAACAGCGGAUCAGUUUGACACACUGUGUGGACAGCCUCAUGGUGUUUUGUAAUGCACAUUUGAUGAUGCAGCACAACAACUGCCUUUCUUUUAUCAUUUCACACACUAGUACAAGUAAGUUUGUGUUUCCGAAAGAUGACUCUGGUGAGGAAAUCAGUAAUAAUGAUCAAAAAGAGCUUCCAACAGAUGGGAAAUAUGAAGGCUUCGCUGAAGUAAAUGAUGCCAUCAUUACAGAAAUGAAGAGUCUGUUGUCUACAGAAGAUUUAACAGAUAACCAAACCACUGAAUUGCCUCCAACACUUCUUGCCAGUGCCUUAACAAUGGCCUUGUGUUAUAUCCACAGAGCUGAAAAAGAAUGCCCAGUUGGACAGAAGAUCAAGUCUCGGAUUAUGGUUCUCAAAGCUGCACCCGAUGUCUCUACACAAUAUAUGCCAAUAAUGAACUGCAUAUUUGCUGCUCAAAAAAGUAAUACAGUGAUUGAUGCUUGUGUAGUGGAUGAGCACUCAGGAUUCUUGCAGCAGGCUGCUGACAUUACUGGUGGAAUGUACCUAAAAGUGCCACAGACUCUUGCAUUGCUUCAAUACCUCCUGUGGGUGUUCCUUCCAGAGCCAACAGUCCGUGAUCAAUUAAUCCUUCCUUCAUCAAUGCACAUUGACUACAGAGCUGCUUGUUUCUGCCACAGAAGACUUGUUGAUAUUGGAUUUGUUUGUUCAGUGUGUUUAUCAAUUUAUUGCCAGUUCAUUCCUGUCUGUCUCACUUGCCAGACAAGAUUCAAACUUCCAGCACUUCCUCUAGCAAGACCAAAGAAGAAAAAGAAAGAAAACACUGCUCCUGGGAAAUGAGAUUUAUUGUCCUUUCUCUUGUAGCUGUAACUUGUACAAAUUGUUUAGUCAGACAUAUUUAUAAUAAAAAGUGUUAUUUGUUA